UUUUGCUUUCUUUACCCUAACCUAAUUCUUCGUAUUUUGUAUUCCAUUCAGCCCGUAACACUUUACACCUCCCAUCCGCCUCCGUCCUUCACCGGUCCACCUCUCUCCUUCACACUUCAUCCCAUCCUUAUCGCCGCCACAUCUCAGGUAAGUAACAUCGUUUCGAUUGAAAGACUGUGCCUGGAGCAAACAAGAAGCUGAAUCUGCUUUAUUGACCGACGUCAAUAUGCCUCAAGGAGAUUACAUAGAGCUUCACAGGAAGAGAAAUGGUUAUCGCCAUGAUCACUUUGAGAGGAAGCGGAAGAAGGAAGCCCGUGAAGUUCACAAGCGCUCCCAAACUGCUCAAAAGGCUUUAGGAAUCAAGGGUAAGAUGUUUGCUAAGAAACGAUAUGCAGAAAAGGCUCAAAUGAAGAAGACAUUGGCCAUGCAUGAAGAAUCAUCAAGUAGACGCAAGGUGGAUGAUGAUGUUCAGGAAGGUGCUGUUCCUGCCUAUCUUCUUGAUCGUGAAACCACAACACGUGCAAAGAUUCUUAGCAACACAGUAAAACAAAAAAGAAAGGAGAAAGCAGGGAAGUGGGACGUGCCUUUACCCAAGGUGAGACCAGUGGCUGAAGAUGAGAUGUUCAAAGUGCUCAGAACUGGGAAAAGGAAAACCAAACAAUGGAAGAGGAUGAUUACAAAAGUGACAUUUGUAGGACAAGGUUUCACAAGAAAACCUCCAAAAUAUGAGAGAUUUAUUCGUCCAACUGGAUUAAGGUUCACAAAAGCCCAUGUGACACAUCCUGAACUGAAGUGCACUUUCAAUCUUGAAAUGAUUGGUGUGAAGAAGAAUCCUAAUGGUCCAAUGUAUACAUCACUCGGUGUUGUCACUAAGGGAACCAUCAUUGAGGUGAAUGUGAGUGAACUAGGUCUGGUCACUCCAGCUGGGAAAGUAGUAUGGGGGAAAUAUGCUCAAGUCACGAAUAAUCCUGAGAAUGAUGGAUGCAUUAAUGCGGUUUUGCUUGUGUAGAUCAUCAAGCCUACAUGUUUUUUUUUUUUUUUUCUUUAGAGUAUAAUUAUUUGUAUGCUUUAAAAGAUAUGAAGAAAACUGCCAAACAUUGACUACCACAAUAUUGUGAAAAAAGAUUAUUGUGUUUUUAAUUUCAAAGUAAAAUGUUAUAGCGAGCAA